AAGAUCAGUUUUCGCCAUGGCUGAAAGAAUGCAAAAAUGACAAGUUUGCAUUUUAUUGCAUCAUGUGUAAGAAAACCGUGCUGCUGAGCAAUAUGGGCCGACAGGCUUUAACUAGUCACAUGAAAGGACGUAAACACGAACACGCUGCGAGGAGUCAAAACAAUACUUUUGGAAUCGGAGUAUUUCUAUCACCGAAAACAGUAGACGUCCCAAAAUCUACUACACUUAGACUUGAUGGAAGUUUGAUUGCAAAUGUUGAAAAAAUAGCCGAAGUACAAGAAACUGAGAAGACAGGAACGAUUUCGCAACCAAGCACGUCAACACAACUAGAAUCAACGUCCCUCUCGCACAUACUACCAAAGCAGCGGGGAAUAGAUCGUUUCAUUGAAAAGGAGAAAGUUACGCGAGCAGAGAUGAUCUGGUGUCUUCAGACUCUAAAGCAAUGA